GGUUGCCUCCAUUGGCGAUUAAAAUUCGUUACCACGUUAUGUUAUUUGAUCAGUAUCUUUGAGUUUUGAGCUCACGGGGGUGUUAAUGAUAAAUGUAAAUGCAAAUAUUAGCGUUUUGUCAUUCUGUUAUCUCAAUGAAGUUGAAGCUGUUUGAAUUGUUGACGUACGCGCGUACUGGAUUCCAUUUGUCAAGACAUUUAGCAGCUAGCUUGGGCUAGCUGUCCGUAUUGUGUGUUAGUUAGCCAAAUUUAUUUAAUUACAUCGCAUUAGUUAGCCACUACGCCAGACUUCAGGUGAUACAAUAACUUUAACUACACCUUGCGACCAGUCAGAGGUUCAGAUAAUGCUGGCGACGGGAGCAGCUGUAACUAAUGUCACAGCUCUGGCCCAGGUGGAUCGAGAGAAGAUCUACCAGUGGAUCAAUGAAUUGUCCAGUCCAGAAACCAGAGAAAAUGCCUUGCUGGAACUAAGUAAGAAACGAGAAUCUGUGCCAGACCUUGCACCAAUGCUCUGGCAUUCUUGUGGCACCAUUGCUGCUCUGCUGCAGGAGAUAGUGAACAUCUAUCCAUCUAUAAAUCCACCGACACUUACAGCUCACCAGUCUAACAGAGUGUGCAACGCCCUGGCACUUCUGCAGUGUGUCGCCUCACACCCGGAGACACGGUCGGCUUUUCUUGCUGCUCACAUCCCUCUUUUUCUUUACCCUUUUCUGCACACUGUGAGCAAAACACGGCCAUUUGAGUACCUUCGACUCACCAGCCUUGGAGUCAUAGGUGCCUUGGUCAAAACAGAUGAACAAGAAGUAAUUAACUUCCUUCUUACCACUGAAAUCAUCCCACUAUGUCUCCGUAUCAUGGAAUCUGGCAGUGAACUCUCCAAGACGGUUGCUACUUUCAUACUACAGAAGAUUCUGUUGGAUGACACAGGGCUGGCCUACAUCUGUCAGACUUAUGAACGUUUCUCCCAUGUGGCCAUGAUUCUUGGCAAAAUGGUGUUGCAGCUCUCGAAAGAACCAUCAGCCCGUCUGCUGAAGCAUGUUGUUCGCUGCUACCUUCGUCUCUCAGAUAAUCUCAGAGCCAGAGAAGCCCUGCGUCAGUGUUUACCAGACCAGCUGAAAGACAGCACCUUUGCCCAGGUGCUGAAGGACGACACCACCACCAAGCGCUGGCUAGCACAGUUGGUCAAGAACCUGCAGGAAGGCCAAGUCACUGAUGCUAGAGGCAUCCCACUGGCUCCACAGUGAUGGGGACACAGUGUGUGCUGACAGUGGAUGCAGAAGGACUCCCUCAUCACUGUCUAGAUUUUGUAUUUUGCCAAAUGUGGUGCUAAGACUGUCUGCAAAGUAAAGGGAUAUAAUGAUAAAGUGAGGUAUUUUUUGUUUUUGGAUGGAUUAAUAUGAGUGUGUCACAUCUACACAUGAAUCUAUCCUAACUAAAUAUUUUUUUAGAGUCUGUCAGAUAGUAGAUGUUCAAAACUGAUACUAAUAUCAGUAUUAAUGAUCUAUUGGCUGAUAUUUGUUUCUGACAUGUACCAUUUUGGCAAGAUCCCUCAAAAUUGAUUGAGAAAGAUAUGAUAUUUUACACUUAAACGUCACUGAAAUUCAGGAAUAAGUACAACUAACAAAAAAAAAAACAAAAACAAAUAAAAGUUGAAAUGAGAAAAAACAGCCAAAUAUACAGAAAAAAAUCAAUCAAAACACCAAACACCUACCCUUUGCUCUUGUCUGGUUCAUCACUGUAACUUCAUGUAACAUUCCACUUCAAAGUAGGAACUGUUUUUUUUUUGUUUUUUUUGCUUCUUUCAUUUCAAAUAAGACUUUUUAAUCUUCUAUAUGACUAGUUUCUUUUUUUUGCCAAGCCACUGAGGGCUGACAUCAUAUGCAGCAGUUUACUAAUAUAGUGGAUGUCAUUCUGUAUGGUUUUCUGUUUUUACUGGUAUUGUAUUUGGUAGAGUUAAAUCUCAGAAGCUGGUCUUGUUCAAGAUAUUUCAUAAAUAAACUAUUUUCCACCCAA